AGGGAGACAGUCUAACUGUACCUAUUUUACGUUCUAGAAACACUUAGAAAAUCUGAAGUACUGCUGGGGUUAUGAGAAAUCCUGCAAACCAGGGUUCAGAUUUGGUUACCCUGUUUGUAGCUAUGUCGACAUGGGAUGGACGGACACUCUUGAAUCAGCUCAGGACAUAUUCUGGAAACAAGCUGACUUUGGAUACGCCAGAGAGCGGCUGGAGGAGAUACAUGUGCUCUGCCAGCCUGAGCAAAUGGGUGACUCGGGUCUGGUGUGUUCCCGUUAUCUUCAGUAUUGCAGAGCAGCCAACCUCUACCUUGAUUUAAGAAAUAUCAAGAGAAAUCAUGACAGAUUUAAGGAAGAUUUCUUCCAGAGUGGUGAAAUUGGAGGACACUGUAAACUUGAUACUCAUACAUUGAUGUCUGAAGGUCAGCGCAAAAGCCCUCUGCAGUCUUGGUUUGCUGAGCUACAAAGCUAUACUCAGCUCAACUUCAGACCUAUAGAAGAUGCAAAAUGUGAUAUUGUUGUUGACAAGCCAGCCUACUUCAUGAAAUUUGAUGCAGGUGUUAACAUGUAUCACCACUUCUGUGAUUUUCUGAAUCUUUACAUUACUCAGCAUGUUAAUAACUCGUUCAGCACAGACGUGUACAUCGUGAUGUGGGACACGAGCUCUUAUGGAUAUGGUGACCUGUUUGCCGACACAUGGAAAGCAUUUACUGAUUAUGAUGUUAUACAUUUGAAAACCUAUGAUUCCAAAAGGGUGUGUUUUAGAGAAGCUGUCUUUUCAUUACUUCCCCGCAUGAGGUACGGGCUGUUCUAUAAUACCCCUCUGAUUUCGGGCUGUCAAAGUACUGGAUUAUUUAGGGCAUUUUCCCAGCAUGUGUUACACAGACUGAACAUCACACAGGAGGGACCCAAGGAUGGAAAAAUGCGAGUCACCGUUCUUGCCCGGAGCACAGAAUACCGGAAAAUACUAAACCAAAAUGAGCUUGUAAAUGCAUUGAAAACAGUGUCCAUGUUUGAAGUCCAGAUUGUGGAUUACAAGUAUAAGGAACUUGGAUUUUUAGACCAGCUGAGGAUCACACAUAACACGGACAUAUUUAUUGGGAUGCACGGAGCUGGUCUUACCCAUUUACUUUUCCUUCCAGACUGGGCUACGGUAUUCGAACUGUACAACUGUGAAGAUGAACGCUGUUACUUAGACUUGGCAAGACUCAGAGGUGUCCACUAUAUCACUUGGCGGAAGCAGAACAAAGUCUUUCCUCAAGAUAAGGGCCAUCACCCCACUCUGGGAGAGCACCCAAAGUUUACCAACUACUCUUUUGACAUAGAAGAAUUUAUGUACCUUGUCCUCCAGGCCGCAGACCACGUAUCACAACACCCAAAGUGGCCAUUUAAGAAAAAACAUGAUGAGCUAUAAAAGUGUUGAGUCUGUUUGCCAAGAGAGAGUAUUUAAACCGGGAAUACCCAAAGUCACUAUUAAAUCAGUUAAAAAAAAACAACAACAAAAUACCUGUUAUUUCCUACCCCAAAAUGACCUUUUCUGUACCCAAACAUAUCUUCAAGGUAUUACUUAUUUGUUUUAUAGUCUUUUAAGUGUUUUGCACGAUUUCUGUGUCAUUGCUAUUUAUCAAGAUAAUAUUUUUGCACUGGAAACUUUUGUAGUUCAGAAGCUAGACAUGGGCUUGCUAGGCUAACUGAACUUUCCUUUUAGUGAUACCAAAGAUUUCAACUUCCUUAGCUUUAGAAUUUGUAAAUGUUUUUGUAGAAUACCAUGUGAUUGUGCUUUGGAGCGUCCCAACUUGUUUAUGAUAUAUUUGGGUAAAUUCACAACCGUUCUUUUAUUUGUCAUAAUCUGUUCACUAAGACUGUUUGUGGUAAGAAAGGAAAACUCCGUACAGCACAUACACGUUCUUAAGACUUUCCAUAGUUGUGGUUCUUGGUACCAAGCUGUAGGACCACUUUAUAGACUGAAUAGUGUUAUAAACAGACCUAUUUUGUUCUAUCAUCAGAGCCCAAACCAACUGCCAUUGAAUUCUCUGCUAUAUCCUUGUAAUCAGCUCCAGGUGAUGUACCUCAAGAAAUAGACCGUGAUUUUAUAUUAAUUUAUAUUCAUAUAAUACAAUUCAUAUUCAAAUCAUGUAUUUGAUUUAUCAUUUAUCCAUGUAUCGUAUGUAACAGUUACAUAUGAUAAAAACAAAUUCAAACAUUCUGUAGGACUAUCUUGUGUACCUUAUAGAUGAUUUUCACUGACUUCUUAACCGUGGAGAGCAUUUAUGUUGAAUUUAUUUAUCAAAUGCAGAUUUCUAUUGUGCGUGUAUUUGUAACUGCGUGUAUCUGUGUGUGUGCAUCUACCUCUUAUUAGCAUGAAAGUAUCCAAUCUUUAUUUUUGCAAAUGUCAUACUGGCCACAUGAAGACAAUUUCUCCCUAUAAAAAAGUACAGACGCAUGUGAAUUAUCCAGUUCAAACUGAAAAAGAAUUAAGCCAUAAGAAAGUGCCAGUGAUUGAAAAAGCAUCUGGAAUGAAGUCCCAUUCUUUGAAUGGGAUUCAUUUCUGAUAGUGUGUGAGCUUUUAUUUUAGCAAUCGGAAGCCCUGGGUUUAUUUUACUGCAGAAUGUAAAGUUUACAUUUUAUGAACACUUGAGUCAUCUAGAGACUAGUGACUUCUGUUUUUGAAAGUAGGAGGAUAGCAAACUAUAGCGGAGCUAAGAGUUUUUUUUUUUUUAAUUUUAGAGUUGUUAAAGGAAAAAAGAAAAAGAAGAACAUACACAGAGAAGCUAAGUGGCCCACAAAGCCUAAAAUAUUUGCUACCUGGCCCUUUACAGAAAAAGUUUGCUGAGUCUUGCUUUAAAGGAUUAUGGACCGCUUCCUAGAGUUGAGGGAUGUUUAUUAAAGUGUCUAUAAAGAAAUAGUGAAUCACUGUGGCAAUAGCUUUGAUUUGGAUCUUACAAUUGUGUAAAAAGAGCUACAUUAUGAAUAUGUAAAUAACAGGUAUUGCUACUGUUUUUUGUGCAGAAUACUGAAUAACCACUGGGAAAAUAUUUCACAGGAAAAGAAUUGUAAAGACAAUGUUGCACUUUUAGUCAGAGAGGUAUAAACAUCUGAAAAAGCUAUCUGGAAAAAAUACUGUUUCAAUGUUUAUCUUACCUCAUUUUAAGGAACACGUGGGAACUGUUGAUUCUAUAGGGUAACAAGCAUUUCAGAAAUUGAGAACCAUUUUCUGAUAAAACUAUUAUAUUUGCAUAUUUUGCAUUUAAAGAGAAUAAGCUUUAUAAUAAACAAGAAAAUACAUUUGACACUUUAUCGAAUUAGCUUUUAUCAGACUUUUUUAUAGGAACAAAAGAAGGUGUCCAAUUUGUUAUAAAAUUUUAGAUGUGAA